AUGCGCGUGAGAAUAUCCUCAUCACUCACAAGGAUACAUACAAUUUCUUCGUUAUCAUCAACACCCUCCCGACCAUCAAAACACACCUCCAUCCCUAACUCAACCCUCCCCCAAACACCCAAACCACCCCAUGAACCCCAAUACUCCUCCACCAUUAACGCGGAGCCCCUCCACCGCUAUACAACCAGCGGCUACCACCCAAUAACACUAGGAAGCCACCUCCAUCAAGGAAGAUACAAAAUCCUGCAUAAGCUAGGAUGGGGCGGAUACUCCACCGUCUGGGCUGCUAGAGAUGAACAAGAAGGGAAGUAUGUCGCUAUUAAGAUCUGCGUAUCGGAGAACUAUAGCAAUAGAGGGCAUCGAGAAAUGAAUAUAUUGAAGAGUCUAGAUGACGCUCAACACAUCGUGCGCAUGCUCGAUCACUUCGAUGUAGAGGGACCUAAUGGGAUACACCCCUGUUUGGUUCUCGAGAUGUUGGGUCCAAGUGUGUCUGAUUUGGUGGAGGGGCGGUUUGCAGAUGGGAGACUCCCUGGAUUUCCAUAUUCGCAAUCUGGCCUUCACUAUACCUCCUACGACAAUGUUCCCGAAGACGAAUUCAUCAAUCUACUAGGAAAACCAGACAUCGGGUACGUCCGCUGCAAUGAUGGUGGGAGACUGGGGACUGGGAUUCCCGAGUAUAUUGUUAGACCUGCGAAUAUACAUUCACAAUCACGGCCUUUAUCAGAGACCAUUAAGAUUGUUGACUUUGGUGAAUCAUUUCAAGGGGAUGGUGCGCCCAAGACACUCCACACUCCAUUAGUAGUUCGGGCACCGGAAGUGAUAUUCAAAGACCAUCUGGAUUAUCGUGUGGAUCUAUGGAGUCUAGGCUGUAUGUUAUUCGAGUUAUUUGUCGGUCAACCUCCAUUUGACAACUUCUUGAUCACUCCCAAGAUUCUCGUCGAGCAAAUGCAAGAAAUGGCAGGCGAAGCAUUGCCUGACAGAUGGGUACCUUUAUGGGAGUCAAUACGUGGUGAGAAUGUCACUGAAGCCGGGGGCCCUGGAUUGCAAGAGUGGUUGGAGGAGAUGUACUUUGAUAGUGAGCGCAAAGAAGACUUGACGAGAGAUGAUAUCGUGGAACUGGGGAGGAUCAUUCGGAAAUUACUACGCUUUGAGCCAGGUGCUCGUGCUUCGGUGGAGGAGGAUUUGGAUGAGCCUUGCUUUAGAAAUUGA